UGAGCAGCCGCGAUGUCGAUCUUCACCCCCACCAACCAGAUCCGCCUGACCAAUGUGGCCGUGGUACGGAUGAAGCGCGCCGGGAAGCGCUUCGAAAUCGCCUGCUACAAAAACAAGGUCGUGGGCUGGCGGAGCGGCGUGGAAAAAGACCUUGAUGAAGUUCUGCAGACCCACUCAGUGUUUGUAAAUGUUUCUAAAGGUCAGGUGGCGAAGAAGGAAGAUCUCAUCAGUGCAUUUGGAACAGACGACCAGACGGAAAUCUGUAAGCAGAUUUUGACUAAAGGAGAAGUUCAAGUAUCUGAUAAAGAAAGGCACACACAACUGGAGCAGAUGUUUAGGGACAUUGCAACUAUUGUAGCAGACAAAUGUGUGAACCCUGAAACAAAGAGACCAUACACUGUUAUCCUUAUCGAGAGAGCCAUGAAGGACAUCCACUAUUCAGUCAAAACUAACAAGAGUACAAAACAGCAGGCAUUGGAAGUGAUAAAGCAAUUAAAGGAGAAAAUGAAGAUAGAACGUGCUCACAUGAGACUUCGGUUCAUUCUUCCAGUGAACGAAGGGAAAAAACUGAAAGAAAAGCUCAAACCACUGAUCAAGGUUAUUGAAAGUGAAGAUUAUGGCCAGCAGUUAGAAAUUGUAUGUCUGAUUGACCCGGGCUGCUUCAGAGAAAUUGAUGAGCUAAUAAAGAAGGAAACAAAAGGCAAAGGUUCUCUGGAAGUACUCAAUUUGAAAGAUGUAGAAGAAGGAGAUGAGAAAUUUGAAUGAUAUCCAUCAAUCUCUUCAUCUGCAAAACACUGAGGUGUUUUCAUUUCUGUCAGCACUGUUUCAUUUCUGUGAUCUGCCAAAUACUUAAACUAUUACCAUGUUCGAUCCGUGUUAACUGUGUACAAAAAAAGACUUUUGUGCAAAAAUAUAAUGUAGGAAUUAUUUAGUUUUAAAUUAUAAGUUGGGGUCUAAAACCUAAAUAAAAAAGUGAAAACUCUAAGAUACAAAGUCCAGAGUAGCAUUUUCCUACUCUCAUGGCUUUAUAGCUUUCCAAUAUGAAAGUUAUUUGAGGCAGUUCUUGUGGAUGAAAAGUUAGAUUUUGUACGGUAUAGUAAAAUUAUCAGGGGGAGAUGUCUGUGUGGCAGAAAGAGAGUAUUUACUGAAAAAGAACAUGGUAUCUUAUUUCUACUUAAUGAUGUUCAUGGGUAGGGGCAACCGUGUGGGGUCCUAACGCAAAGCUUGGAUGAUGACGUCCUGAUUAUCUGAAAAACAGAUGUAACGACUGUGCAAGGCUUACAUAAUUUUCAUUGAACAUGCUGCCCUAACUUAGAUUAUUCUUGGUUGAAAAAUAAAGUCAUUUAUUUCUAAUUUUAAAGUAUAUAAUAUAAAUAUAGCUAAAAUUAUAUGUAACCAAUAAAAACACUCUUAUUUUUAUUAAACUAUGGUUUGUGUUUCUAGACAGCUUCCUAACUCCUUUUUUUUUCUCUGCCUUCAUCUGUAGUAGGAUUGGGAAGUUGUUAGGAAGAUUGAGUGAGUCAGCUGUGCAGAGUACAUAGAAGAGGGCCUGUUCUGAUAAACACCUGUUAAAUCUUAGUUAACAUUAUCUGGGAUGUAACUGAUUAUUCUAGUAUUUAAACACUUAAAUGGAUAUGGUAUAAUCUUUUAAAAACCUUAUUCUGGAAAGAGAUACAUUCAAAAUAAACAUAUGUAUCUGUAUCUGUGGACACCAAAUUUUAUUUUAAGUGAAAACAGUUCUUGAUUUGAACAGAUACUGAUUGGUUUUAUAAGCACACAAUUCCCUACCAAUACGAGUUCUCAGAAAUGUGCUAUUUAUUUUAAAAUAACUUCAAGUUUUUUUCUUGUAGUGGAAAAAAUGUUUGAUAACAUGAGAAUGAACCUUUUUCUGUUAACACUAAAAUUGGACUGCUGUUUUGAUGUAUUCCUUAAGACAACCCCUCACUGCUUCAGUUUUACAUAAAAUUUUAUAAAGGUGAAGCCCCAGAAAGCAAAUUUUAACCAAUAAAGUUUACCCCUUAUUUUCAGCUUCAAGAUUUAAAGUAAUGUUUCAGGUUGAAAGUCAUGAUUACUAAAAAUAUUUUAAUAGCUGCAUAUUGAGUAGGAAAAAAUAAAGUUAAUACAACAUUGCCUUAA